AUGAGGCUUGUGAGACCGACUACGAAACAAAAGACACUUAAUCAGAAUGCGACUACCAAUGACCACACCAACGACGAGGCUACCAAAUGUGUCUCUCCGGAUGCAGCUGUUGAUGAGAUCAUGAAGAUGCUUGAUGAUUCAGAUAAAGACACAGACAUGAUUCCUUACACUAGAGUGGUGGAUCUGGAAACAGAACUUGAAAAGACCAGGAAACAAAUUUCAGAAGCCAGAAAAAGAGCCGACACUGCAGAGAGGCGUAUCGAGGCGUUGAAAAUAGAUCUUUCCGGCCGUAGUAACGACUUGAAGAAGAGUAGGGGCAAGGUGGAUGAACUUGAGGACAAGAUGGAGGCAGUCAAAGACGAGGUAGGGGAACUCAAGGACGAGGUAGAGGAACUCAAGGACGAGGUAGAGGAACUCAAGGACGAGGUAAAGAAUUUGAAGGCCAAGGUCAAGCAGAGCAACAAGGACGUCUCGGCGGCAAAGCAGAAGACAGCGGUGAAGGAGCAGCAGAUCCUCAGGAUAUUAGAAGGAAUGAGAAAGAAGAAACAGGGCGCAGGUUUUCAGAAGAGGAAAUCGAGCGAGGAUGUAUCGGAAGCACAGCAGAAGAGGUUGAGGACGGAGGUCUGA